AUGCGCUUCUCUGCCUCUUUUGUUGUCUGCUUUGCCGCGACCACGUCUCUUGUCGCGGCUAAGGAGUGGACGAAAACCGAAGUGACUCCCAACGAGUCUCUGCUUCUUGCAAGGCAAAGCUUUGAUUCAUGCACUGGCCUCAGCUGUGCCAGCUGCUUUGGCGCUGGCAACAUCGUUUGUGCUGGCAACUCCUGUUUCAAUCCGGACGCUGGCGAGCAGUGCUGUUCUGACGGAAGCUACUGCGUUGGUCCGGACACCAGCUGCUGCACGAACGGUCCUGGCGUGACGGGCGGCCCUGAGGACGACACGCCCACUGCCACGUCCGACUUCGCUCCCUCCGCCACCUCUGCAGUCGCGAGCGCUACUGCAACAUCUUCUGAUUCAGGGGAUGACGAGUGGGACUGCUCCGCUUCUGAUUCUGGCGAAGAGUGCUGCCAACGCGGCGGCGAUGAGUACCACUGGUGCUGGGGCUUCUUCCCCACGAACUACUGCUAUCGUCCCUCGCUCGGCGAGGUCUGCUGCACCGAUGGAAGCAGCUGCACUGGCGGUGCUGACUGCUGCUCGGAAUACGGCGCUGUGGCAACGACCCCCAACCCAGCGGACAGCGCUCCAUCCACCACCGCCGCUUUUAGCAGCACAAGAUCCACGAGCUCUUUCUCUUCCGGUGCCACUUCUUCCGGAUUUGAUUUGACAAGUGGUCCUGUUUCGACCACUAGCAGCCGCUCCAAUCUCUUCAGCACCGGAAGUGCAACCGCCACAACUACCGGACCGCUCCAGGUUACUGCAGUUGGAGGUGCAGCGCGUGCACAAGACAUGUUCGCCGCCAUUGGUGUUGUCGGAGCUGGUCUCGCUCUCCUAUGA